AUGUCGUCGGACGGGAGCGGGAGCGGGAGCGGGAGCUACGAGAGGUACAUCACGAUGGCCGCGUCGGCGACGGCGGCGGUCAUGCUGCUGCGGACCGUGGUGAGCGAGCUGCUGCCCUACGAGGUGGGGGACCUGCUGCGCGCGGCGGCGCGGGGCGUCCGCGCCCGCGUCUCGUCGCGGCACACCGUGGUCAUCGACGAGGCCGAGGGCCUGUCGGCCAACCAGCUCUACGACGCCGCGCGCACGUACCUGGCCGCCCGGGUCACCCCCGACGUGCCGCGCCUCCGCGCCAGCCGCGUCGACGACGCGCAGGGCAUCACCGUGGGGAUGGAGCAGGGGGAGGAGAUGGUCGACGCCCACGACGGCGUCGACUACACCUGGACCCUGGUCGUCUCCCGCGACGCCGCAGCAUCCAGGGCAGCAGGCGCCGCCGCCGCCGGCCGCGACAAGGCCGGCCGCCCGGAGGCCAAGUCGUUCGAGGUCAGCUUCCACAGGAGGCACAAGGACAAGGCCCUGGGGUCCUACCUCCCGCACGUCGUCGCCACGGCCAAGGCCAUCAAGGACCGGCAGCGGAGCCUCAAGAUGCACAUGGUGGAGUACGACGCCUGGACCGCUGUCGACCUCCGCCACCCUUCCACCUUUGACACGCUCGCCAUGGACGACAAGCUCAAGUCCUCCGUCAUAGAGGACCUCCAGAGGUUCGUCAGGAGGAAGGACUACUACAGGAGGAUCGGCAGGGCCUGGAAACGGGGCUACCUGCUCUACGGCCCGCCAGGGACCGGCAAGUCCAGCCUCGUCGCCGCCAUGGCCAACUUCCUUAAGUUUGACAUCUACGACCUUGAGCUCACUGAGGUCAAGUCCAACUCCGACCUCCGGAGGCUGCUCGUCGGGACCAGCAACCGCUCCAUUCUCGUGGUUGAAGACAUUGACUGCAGCAUUGAGCUGCAGCAGCGGGAUGAAGGCGAGAGGCGUGCCACCAGGCCCACUGCGUCUGCAGGAGAAGAAAACGACGACAAGGUGACGCUAUCUGGGCUGCUCAACUUCGUUGAUGGUCUCUGGUCGACAAGCGGGGAGGAGAGGAUCAUCGUCUUCACCACCAACUACAGGGAGCGGCUUGACCCAGCGCUACUGCGGCCUGGAAGGAUGGACAUGCACAUCCACAUGGGGUACUGCACCCCAGAGUCGUUCCGGAUACUGGCAAAGAACUACCACUCAGUUCAAAAUCAUGCCAUGUACCCAGAAAUUGAGCAGCUUAUACAGGAGGUAAUGGUCUCACCUGCGGAGGUUGCUGAGGUUCUGAUGAGGAACGACAACAGUGAUGUUGUACUUCAGGAUCUCCUUGAGUUCCUCAAGGAGAAGAGGAAACAAUCUGGUCAGAGCAAGGAUGCAAACGAGAAUGGAGAUUAA